AGAGACAGGGGAGGGAGGGAGGUCCGGUCGGGUCCGGUGGUUAUUUGGCUGGGGGAGCCAGCCAAGGAGAGCCAAGGACGCGCAGGAUCGGGUCUGCCGUCACCACCACCGGCUCCGCCCGCCUGCGUCGCUCUCCGGCCCCGUGCCGUCCCCCGCCCCCACCCCCACCACCACCAUUCCUCCUCUCCGGCCCCUCCAAUCCAAUCCCGCCGAAUCCACUCCUCCUCCUCGUCGUCCCCCUCCCGCGGCCUCGCCUCGAUCCGGAAGGAAGGAAGGAAUCUCCCUCCAAUUCCGCGCCCAACUCCCCAGGUCCGUUCGCUCUUCUUGCCGUCCGCAGAUUCGUUCGGUUCCUCUGCUCGUUUCCGCCCCCGAGAUUCACCGAUUCCCGUCUCCCUUUCCGUCUUCGUUUAUCAGCUUGGGGGCAUUUCGGAAUCCUCCUCCUUCGAGGCGUCUGUCUCGGCCCCAAAGAUCCAAUUUGGUUGGAUUUCUGCUCCCGAGCCGGAGCCCGGCCGGAGGCGCACGACCUUCAGGAGUUGAUGCCACCCGGCGAUGGAUCGCCGAGCCUUCAGGAGUAACUCGUGCAACAGCAAGAACCCGGCGCCUCCCUCCUCGCCCUCGGCGGCGGCGUCGGCGGCGGUGUACCGGACGUCCUCGGCGCCGGUGGGGGGCUCCAAGGACAACGUCGGCGAGCGCAAGGCGCUGCUGCCCCGGCGCCCCGAGGGCGGCACGGCCCGCAAGGCCUACAAGGGGCCCAAGCGGCGGGUGCAGUGGAAGGACACCCACGGGAAGAAGCUCGCCGAGGUCUUGGAAUUCCAGCCUAGUGAUUCAAGUGACUCGGAUGAUGAUUAUUUGGAUACUUGCAUAUGCUCAGUCAUGUAAAUAUCGCAGGGCUGAAUCUCCGGUGCAUCUUGCGCAGGUGGAGAGUAUGAGUGUUUAGCAAGAGCUGUAUCUUAAUGUUAUGCAUUGGCCUAACAGUCUUGUAUAGAAAAAAGGUUCACUCCAACAGGCUCAAACUAUCUCAUGUAGUGCAAGUCAGGGCUGCGACCUAGCAAGGACUGGCGACGACGAGCCCAUAUAAUCUGUUGAGUGCGCAAGCAGCUGGAAGUUGCGUCAGAAUUUUGAGAUAUCGCCACACAUCAGACUAGAAAUGGAAAAAAGUGACCCGCGGCGUUCGCAGCAGCAGCCUUGCUCUUAUGUGUGAUAAGCAAAAUGCUCUUAGAAUCAGACACGGGCAUUUUUGCGGGGCUGGAAUUGCGACCGAUUUUUUGUCAAUAGUAUCUGCCUCUUGGCAUGUUAACUAACUAGCUGAUGUUCCUGUCUGUCAGUCUGAUGCUGUCAUCGCACGCUUAACAUUAUUUUUGCAUGAAUUGAUGCCCAAUGGAUGGUGUGAUGGCAAAGUGCAAGGUUUGUAACAUUCUUGUGCCCUGUUGGGCAGUUCACUGUCAUCAAAAGGGACCUCUUUAUUUUCGGCACAAGAUGAAGUUGCUCA